UCAAGCGGAAUUACGAAUUUUAACUGAUGUGUGUUUGCUCUAUGUAUGCAGUUUUGUGUUGAUGAGUUGAUUGUUAUUAUUGAUCAGAUCUUUUGCAUCUUGGUUGGUCGUUAUUUACUGUUUAUCCGCAAACGUAAAAUAUGUACGAGAUCUUUGGAAACGGGGAAGUAGUAACUGUUCGUAAGAAUAAUAGUAUUCCGAAGCCGCAUCUUAGCAGUUCUAUACCUAUCAAAUGUGAGCUAAAUCAGAAAUUGAGACCUCUGAGUUUAGGAAGCAGCAAAAUAGUUCUUGGCGAUGUCAGCAACAAAGUGAAAAAUACGCUUACAGCAGAUACUCAGUCCCAUCUGCGUUCCCUGUCACCUAACAAACCAAUAAAGAAAACUUUGUUUUCUGAAGAUCAUGUCCAUGGUGACCAUUCAGCGAAGGCAUCUGGUAUUCAAAUCAGUAAAAGGGACAAGUCUCCUAAGAAAGUAAAGACCCAGUUCUCACCAAAGCCAACAGCCAAGAGUUCAACUCUUGGGGCAACAAAAGUUUCAAUAUUUGUAGAUACUUGGAAUGAUGGUUGUCAGGAACCAUCAGAUCCCGAAUUAGAUGAAGUAUUUCUUCCCAAUCACAAUGAAUUGGAUACUUGUGACCUGGAAGUAUCGCCCCAGAAGAUCUAUGGGUACUGUGAAGGAUGUGAGACACCAGAUGAUAGUGCUGGUGGUUGGUUGCUGGAACCUUUGUGGGAUAAUAAAGACGACCUUGCUAGGAUAAUUAAUCUGGAACCAAGCCCUGAGAUAGAACCAGACUUUCCAGGUGUUGAACAUUUCAGUGCACAAAAUCCAACAGAUGAAAAUAAUUUUGAUGAACUUUUUGAAGUGGAUGACCCUUGCUACCCAGAGCCACUCAUUGAUGAUGUCCCUUUGGCAGACUUGGAGUGGUGAAGUCUUUUAAAAACCUUAAUAUUAAAUUGAAUUAGUAGUUUUUAGUAAUACCCAAAAAAAAAAUUCUUAAAUGUGUGUAAAUUUGUGAACAGUUGACAGAUGAACUAUAAUGUAGUGCAUGUACAGUGUUUGUUAAUUAUGUAACCUGUUUUGUGAUAAUAAAGUAUUUGCAAUUA